AUGGCUACCAAUCCAAUUCCAAUUCGUCCAUGGUCCCGCUUGGGCUCCCUAAGAUCUCCUCCUGCUACAGACUCACUUCCAAAACCUCAGUCUGCAGAACUUUCUGUCAAAACAACUAACACAUCCUCUCAUGACAAAAAACAAAAUGCCACCAAAUCUAUACCAAAAACACCAGAUGUUCACAGUCCAAUGCAGUCACAAAAGCUCAAACUCUCAACCCCAGUGACCUUUCCACCUUCCAGAAUGAAGUCUCAAGCUCAGCUUGAGAUUAAGAUAGCGCUAGAAGAAGUAACCACUGAAAAGCCUAAUGGAAAUGGAAAUGGCAUAGGCUCAUUGAAGAAUGAUUCGGAUGAAAAUGAAGUCAUUGCAAAAGAGGUGACAACUAAAGGGAAGGGUUCUGAUGGCCAUGGCAUAAGGGUCAUAACAAUUUCAGGGGAAAACAAAGGUGCAUACAUGCAAAUAACCACACCCCACAAGAAACCCAAUCACAAACUGAGAGCUGUGUACGCUAACAGUAAUGUGCAGUGUGUAAACAACUCAAUUGUGAUGAACACUCGUUUAACCGACCAUGACCUAGGAAUGCACCUUAUUAUCCCAAAAAAAGCAUUUGGGAAAGGAUUUCAUCUCAAGGAACGUUGA